ACGUCAAGUUGUCAUGUCUAAACUCUGAAUUUUCUUAUUUUACAGUAAAAUGUUGAUUAUUUUUCCUUAAACCCUACUAUUAUUACAAGAAACAAUAAAUUAUAACAAAUCUUAUUAUAAUUAACAAGUGGAUGUAAGGGCGGGAACAAAUAACCAUUCCUUAGUUGUAACAUCUAAUGUAAAAUAGGCUAGGCUUAUCGGAAAAUGGGUGGUCUGUUUAGUUACUUCAGAGGGUUGCUAGGGGCGCGUGAAAUGAGGAUUUUGAUCCUUGGACUGGACGGAGCCGGGAAGACAACAAUUCUAUAUAAAUUGCAAGUCGGCGAGGUUGUCACCACAAUACCAACGAUCGGGUUCAAUGUAGAGCAAGUUACGUAUAAAAACCUUAAGUUUCAAGUGUGGGAUCUUGGUGGUCAGACCAGUAUUAGGCCUUACUGGCGAUGUUACUAUGGAAACACAGAUGCAAUAAUAUAUGUUGUAGAUUCAGCAGACAGAGAUCGAAUAGGGAUAUCUAAAGAUGAACUUGUUCAUAUGUUAAGAGAAGAGGAACUAGCAAAUGCUAUUCUCGUGGUAUUAGCAAAUAAACAAGACAUGGCGGGAUGUUUGACGGUAGCGGAAGUACAUCAGGCACUGGGGCUGGACGCGUUGCGUGACCGCACCUUCCAGAUAUUCAAGACAUCUGCAGUGAGAGGGGAGGGACUGGACCAGGCGAUGGAUUGGCUCUCGAAUGCUUUGCAAGCCAGGAAAUAGCAUCAAAAAUAGGUUGUAUUGAAAAGAACACGAGAAAAAGUCGGGCCGAGUUACAAACGGGACGAGAUAUACAGACAUCUGUAACGCCACUAGUUAUAGUAAUGCGCCGCCGGAAUUGCGAGGCGCAGCCACGCAGAUCAUUUCUUAUCAAUAGUUUUUUUUUAAUUUGAUAACAAGCAAUAUAUUUAGAAUAUAAAUUUAAUUUCAUAUCAUAGGGUUUAC